GCCUUAUGGGCAAAAAUCUCUACUUGGUUGGGGAGUUGUCGGACGAAUCUGCAAGGAUCCAAUCGAAUCAAGUUCAGCUAGCUGUCACAAAAUAGCUGCUGAAUUGUACCAGAACCUCGCAUUCCCAACCAAGGCCAAGGAACUUCUCAUCGAAGACAAGGUGAUUAAAGCUCUGGAGACUGACUUCAAACAUGUCAACUCGAAAGAACCAAUGUCCAUUGAAGACCAUAGAUUCCUUCAUCUCCUUGAGGAGGGAAUGGUGAAGAGACAGGAUUUGCAUUAUGAAAUGCCACUUCCACUAAAGACAGAUAAUGUAAGCCUUCCAUCAAACCGACAAGUAGCUGAAAAACGAUGGAGACAGCUAACAGCUCGUUUCAAGAAAAAUCCUCAGUUCCUGAACGACUAUCGAGCCUUCAUGGAUGAAGUUAUCAAGACCUGUGCAGAGAGGGCACCAGUUCAUAGUGUGGAAGGGAUGGUCAACUAUGUUCCCCACACAGGAGUGUACCAUCCUCGAAAACCGGGCAAGAUUCGUGUCGUUUUCGACUGCUCGGCAAAAUGUAAUGGCAUCUCCCUCAAUGACCAUCUCCUUCAAGGCCCGGACCUUACUAAUGAACUUCUUGGCGUCCUAUGUCGUUUCAGGUAAGAUGAUGUCGCUUUC